AUGCAUAUCAGAAUCCUCAAUACUCGUGCACUUGUGACAAGUCCUACACUCGCAGACUACCCAGCUAUCCAUUUUCAUGUAUCCAAGUAUCCAUGUCCACUGUUUCCAAGUAUUAGUAUCCAAGGGGAGGUACAUAUGAUAGAACACAUCAUGUACCGGGGAAAACAAUCCAAUGUGGGAAUUGUUUGGUUGAACCACACGAAUGAAUCCUCAACAACCAUGUGGCUAGGGACGAGCCAUCCAACCCGAGGGACUGGGCUCACCGGUAUGCACAACAGAAUCCUCAAUACUCGUGUGCCUGUGACAAGUCCUACGCAUGCAGACUAUCUCGCUAAGUGUCUAUGGUAA